GUAUCCGACCGGGUUUAACAACAGCAACCCAAUAUUCAGGGGAUCCUUUUCCUGAACCCAUACGUGUUUCUGCGGGUCGUACAGUAACUGGUUUAUCGGGAAAUAUACGUACCCAUAUUUUUCCUCCACGACGUGCAUUUCGUGUCAUAAGCCCGUCGCCCAGCUUCUAUUUGUCUAGAUGUGAUCCAAGCGGGUUCAAGUGCUUGAAGCGCAUAUUUACCGAAACAAAUAUGAUUCCCUCGAGAAGCUAUUCCCUUCAUUCUUCCUCUAUGUUGUUUACGGAAUCUGGUUCUUUUGGGGUUAUAGUUGAUGGAUUUUUAUUUAUUCCAUCUCUACUACAGAACCGGAUGUGAGAGUUUCUUCUCAUCCAGCUCCUCGCGAAUUACGAAUAAAGUAUUUACAAAAUGAGCGUUUGACUCAAAUUGACUAAUCAUAGUGAAGAUAUCUAAAUCUAAAGAUAGAUAAUAAAAGUCUGGACUGAGAAGUCA